AUGUCUGUGGGUAGCUUGGACCUUGCAGAGGGAAAUGCCCUGACAAAGUUACAGCCUACAAAAGUGAACAAUUUAAGUUUGAUGGACAAAAAACUGAAUCUCUUGAAUGAAAAGAUGGACAAACUGAUGCAUUUCCAAGAAGAUCUGACAGGCAAACUGCAGCGAAUUAACAGAAGCAUUGAUGAUGUAGAAAAAGGCAUUAGCAAGCUAGCAGUGUCCCGAGCACCUCCUGAUGAGACAGAUGCAGUGAAAAAAGGCCUAAAAGUAUCGGACAGUAUUUACCAGACUGACAUCCAGAGCAUAUGCUCAGAAGUGUUGAAAUUGGUGAAAGCUGCCCAGCUAGAUGCCUCAAAGCAUAAGGAGAGGCUGGCAAAAAUAGAGAAAAGGGUUGAUACACUGGAUAAAGUUAUUACAUUUGUAGGAGAAGUAUUAAAAAAUUCUAAAGUAGUGGAUUUUAUUCUCAAAGGCACUGUGCCCUGGAAGAAGGGGAGUCUGCUGGAAAUCCUUGUUGAGGCCAAAGAUAAGCCUGAGGAGAGUGGUGCAAAACCUAAGCAUGUGCUUACUAACAGAGGAACCCAAACUGAAAGCAAGAAGCCUCUGGAAGAGACAAAAAGUAGGAAAAAACUGGAUGAAAACAAGGGAGCACGUGAGAAGGUGAAUGUUUCUAGUGCUGUAACCCACAAAACUGACUCCAAACUCCAAGUUAAGGAGAGAACAGCACAGCAGCAAGUAGUAGAAGAUCAUGUGGGCAACCAAAAUGUUCCUGCUAAAGCACACGAUAUGGACCUAGAUGAGUGCCACAGGCAGCUUGUUCAUCAGAAACUCGGAGAGGAUGAAAACAAACCUUCAUUGUCGAGUGUGGCAUCCCGGGAAUCUGCGCCCUCCACAUCCCAGGCUGUAUCUAUCACAGGGCGUGAAGUGACACAUACCAGGAUAUCCAUCAAUGUACAUAUGACUGAAAUGAAAGAAAAGAUUGAGAAGAUCAAGGAAGGAAACUUAAAUGAUCCCCAAGUAAAAUCCCCACCCUCUACACCAGCAGAAGUGGAAGGAGUCAAAGAGCUGCCUGACAAAGUAAAAUUUCAACAGAGUCCUAAAAACAUUAGUGCUGAUCCAAAUCAAGAAGUGGCAGUGGUCAAUAAGCAAAAUGAACCUGCACCUCAAAAUGGGAAGCAACAGCCAUUACUGAGCAAGCCCAAAUCAGGUAAAAAGGCUGAAGAGAAAUCAGAAUUAAAAUGCAAGCCCGUGACCUCACAGAAUACCUCUGCAAAGGAGCCUAUGAAGGAUCUGGGGAUAGGAGGGAAAAUCUAUCAAGAAACAGCAAAAGCAGAAUCCCGAACAGAUGCCAAUGUUGAGAAGAGAGAAUCCAAGUGUGCAGGAAUGACACCAGAGAAGACUGAGAUACUGGAAGCCAUCAAAGAGCUGCCCACUCAGGACGAAACAAUCAUUGAUGACAGUCCUUCUCCUCCGGCUCCUUUUGAACAUCGCAUGGUGAGUGUCAAGCAAACAGAGGUGACAACAUGCUACUCGGUGUGUCGGCACGAAGUACUAGGGGGUGGGCGGUUUGGGCAAGUUCACAAGUGCACAGAGAUAUCAACUGGGCUGAACCUGGCAGCCAAAAUCAUAAAAGUGAAAGGAGCAAGAGAGAAGGAGGAAGUAAAAAAUGAAAUUAACAUCAUGAACCAAAUAAAUCAUAUGAAUCUGAUCCAGCUUUAUGAUGCUUUUGAAGCCAAAAAUAGUAUCACCUUGAUCAUGGAAUAUCUUGAUGGUGGUGAAUUAUUUGACCGGAUCACAGAUGAAAACUACAAUCUGACUGAGUUGGAUGCAAUCCUAUUUACCAAGCAGAUUUGUGAAGGAGUGCAUUAUCUGCACCAGCAUUAUAUUCUCCAUUUGGAUCUGAAGCCAGAAAAUAUAUUAUGUGUAAAUCACACAGGAAACCAGAUUAAAAUUAUUGAUUUUGGAUUAGCAAGGAGGUACAAACCUCGUGAGAAACUGAAGGUUAAUUUUGGAACUCCAGAGUUCUUGGCUCCUGAAGUGGUGAACUAUGACUUUGUUUCUUUCCCAACAGACAUGUGGAGUGUCGGUGUCAUCACCUACAUGUUGCUUAGUGGCCUGUCCCCAUUCUUAGGAGAAACUGAUGCAGAGACAAUGAAUUAUGUACUCAAUUGCAGCUGGGAUUUUGAUGCAGAAGCAUUUGAACAACUAUCGGAGGAAGCGAAAGACUUUAUUUCCAGACUACUCAUGAAGGAGAAAAGCUGCCGGAUGAGUGCAACGCAGUGUCUGAAACACGAGUGGUUGAACAACCUACCUGCCAAAGCCAAGAAGUUCAAGCUUCGCCUAAAGUCCCAGUUGUUGCUGCAGAGUUACAUGGCUCACAGAAAAUGGAAGAAACAUUUUUAUGUAGUGGCUGCUGCUAACAGGCUGAAGAGAUUUCAAACUAUGUCUGUCAAGCUUGCGUAA